CAACUCCUGGAUGAUUACCCGAAAUGCUUCAUUGUGGGAGCAGACAACGUGGGAUCCAAGCAGAUGCAGCAGAUCCGUAUGUCGCUGCGUGGGAAGGCUGUUGUGCUGAUGGGGAAGAAUACGAUGAUGCGCAAAGCUAUUCGUGGUCAUCUGGAGAAUAACCCUGCCUUAGAAAAGCUGCUGCCUCACAUCCGUGGGAACGUGGGCUUUGUGUUCACCAAGGAAGAUCUGACUGAGAUCCGGGACAUGCUGCUGGCCAACAAGGUGCCAGCUGCUGCCCGUGCGGGUGCUAUUGCUCCUUGCGAUGUCACUGUGCCGGCCCAGAACACUGGUCUCGGACCUGAGAAGACCUCCUUUUUCCAAGCCUUGGGCAUCACCACGAAGAUUUCCAGAGGGACCAUUGAAAUUCUGAGCGACGUGCAGCUCAUCAAGACUGGAUCCCCCUUCUCUUUCGGGUUGGUGAUCCAGCAGGUCUUUGACAAUGGCAGCAUUUACAAUCCUGAAGUGCUGGACAUCACCGAGGAGACCUUGCACAAGCGCUUCCUGGAGGGUGUCCGUAACGUUGCCAGCGUCUGCCUGCAGAUUGGGUACCCAACCAUUGCUUCCGUGCCCCACUCCAUCGUCAACGGGUACAAGCGGGUCCUCGCCGUGGCAGUGGAGACUGACUACACCUUCCCGCUGGCUGAAAAGGUGAAAGCCUUCCUGGCAGACCCCUCUGCUUUUGUGGCGGCCAUCCCUGUGGUGGCCGAGGCGGCUGCACCGGCUGCUGCUGCUGCUGCUGCCCCGGCGAAAGAGGCAGCGAAGGAGGAAUCGGAGGAGUCUGAUGAGGACAUGGGCUUCGGUCUCUUUGACUAACAGCAGCCACCACCUGUCUGUUUGUGUCAGAGUUGGUCCAGUUGGAGAAAUAAAAGCCUAUUUUACACCUUCA